AUUUUUCAGACACCCUGUACAGCGAAAAUCAGUGAAAACAAAUUUAGUAACUAGAUAAACAGGAACCAAUCGGUUCAUGUUUGCCGCGAACGUUACGUUCAUUGUAAACGCCCAAUGAAGCGGCAGAAAUGAAUUCGAUAUGAACGGGCCUUAUACAAGGCCAAAAUACAAUUCGCGGUUUCUAAAGUAUCAAAAAAUUACUGGAUAUCUGCCGCGAAGCGCAAGAUACCUAGCGACAUGGAGGAGGUCGUGCUCGACAGGACCGACGAAACAAGUGUCUGUGUACAAGAUGGCGGCGCCCGGGGCCUUAACUGUCGUGAAAAUCGCCAGGAAGUAACCCGUAAACGGAAGCCGCGCGGUGUCGCAGCGAGCCGCGGAUCCCCGCUCCGAAGGAUGUGAUCCGAGGAAGAAGAAGAAGAAGGCCGAGUCCGGGCCAGAGGAGCCUUUUUCUACACUGCCACGAGGAAAUUCGGAUUAUCCAAAUUCCUCGGGCCAGUAUCGUGAUCCUCUUCGUGGCCACGCCGACGAUGGAGCCCAGGGAACGCUACCAGGAGCUCUGCAGACUUUGCGCAUCCUACGACGCCGUCAAGAUGGACAUCUUCGGUCAAGAGGGCAAGAGUAGACAGCUCGUUGACAAGAUACAAGCCUGUCUACCCUUUCAGAUUACAGAAGAUGAUCGCCUACCAAAAUGCCUCUGUUACCGGUGCACGUACAAUUUGGAAAAUUUCUACGAUUUUAGAACAGCAUGCGUCAAUGCGGUGGCCCUCUUGGAAAGAUGUUUACCACCCUCAGAAUCGGGUGCAGGUGUUACAACCACCAUAACUAGUUGCAACGAUUUACAGUUGCUGAAGAGAAAGGAAAGUAUGCCAAUGUUAAUUCCAGAGGCUCCUGUUGUGAAUCCAAAUGCUGCCUUAGGCACACCACCUAGAUUAAAUUCUGAUGGAGAGGCUGAUCACGAGACCGAAGAAAUUGUUGACAAUAGUGGCACGGAUGAAGCCACGAUAGUGGACGAUUCUGAGGAUCGUCGUUCAGAAGAGUAUGAAAUGGAUAUGGAAACAAAUCCAAGCGACUUUUUGGAAAUGACUUCGAUAGUCGCGGAAGAACCUGCAGAAUCAGAAUUAAGACAUCAAGAACUUCCUAAUAGCUUACCAGAGCACACAUCCCAACAACAUGAAGUUUAUGUUUGUUCCUUGUGUAACAAAGCAUUCAGUUCAAAGGGCCAUUUAUCUUUGCAUGCACGUAUCCACGUUGGAGCUGGUGAUGUGAUUGGUGAAAAAGUUCUUACGGAUGAUCACACUUCGUAUAAGAGACCUUAUCAGUGUGAUCUUUGCCAUAAAUCUUAUUCGACCGGAAAGCACCGCUGGGGCCAUGUAUCAACGACUCAUAGAGGCCACCCAGCUGUGACAUGCGGUUAUUGUUCACGGAUUUAUUCGACCCGAAAAAAUUUGGAAGAACAUAUAACAUCGCGUCAUGCCGGUCUUCCUGCGCCCACGGAGGUUCCAGUGAACAAUUCCUAUCGUCCAGAAAACAGAUGUCAGUGCAACGCCUGUGGAAAAAUUUGUAUGGAUGCUAUGGAAUUGAAUCUUCAUGGAAGGAUCUGCAUCGAAGAACAGAGAUUAGAUCACUUGGCGAAAAGUAAGAGUAGGGAUAAUAAAAUUGUGGAUAGUUCUGAAGCGUCAAGUAUCGGUAGCGAUGAUGAUAGCAAAGACUAUAGGAGUGCAGAGGCAAAGCUGGCUAAAAAUCCUCAAUUGACAAUUCUGAAACAAGCAUUAACAAAAGGAGAUAAUCUUAAACGAGAUCUCGAAGACAAGUUCACAACAAAUUGUAAACCAAAAAAGCUGCCAAAAACAGAAAGCACAGAUAUAAGAAAUGACAGAAAAUGGUACUGUGAAUCUUGUCCUCAACUUUUCACCUCGAUCGAUGAUUUGAAGGAACACGAAGCAAUUCACGAUGCUGAUAAGCCAUUCAUCUGCAUUCUGUGUAAAAAAGAUUUUGUUCUCAAAUCUUCUUUAAGCAGACAUAUUCAAACGUUACACGGCGUUGAUCCAUGUCCUAUCGUAGAAAGCGAUAAGUGUUUAAAGAAAAAUGUAUUACGGAAUUGGAACGAAUCUAUAGAUGUUGAUUACGAGGGAAAGACUUCUUCUGAAUUCCCGUUAUCUCCAGAGACAAAUGUUAAAAACGAGGAAGAGGAUCGCGAGAGUAGCCAAGAGAACCUUAUCGAAAUUGAAACUGUGUUCGUUUGCGAAAUCUGUACUCGCGACUUUAAUGAUCGCGCAUCUCUUUGGCUUCACAUUCGAGCUACUCACAAAGAAUUCGCAGCGUUUGCAUGUGGCGUUUGUUUGAAGAUCUGUGCAGACAACACGCAACUUUUGAAUCACGUGAACAUGUAUCACGGUGGUUCAAAAUUAUUACUUUCUGAGCAAAGAAGGUAUAGCUGUACGAUUUGUGGUAGGCAGCACGAUUCUAGAAAAAAAUUGAUCGCGCAUGUGUCUAUACAUAACGUAGAUCCAAAUUACGAUCCUGCUACCUUCGUUCAGUUGAAUAGUAAUUAUUACGGAGAGAAUAUAAAUGGCAACGAAUCUGUCGAACAAGUGCUUGAUUACGAUGAAGAUGGAGACAAAGUAGACUGUUAUAUUUGUUAUAAAUCAUUCCCUAACGAGGAUCAUUUAAUUCGGCAUCAAAGAAAUGCACACAGGUCGGAACAACUAAUACCGACAGGAGACUCUGUGAAUACGUCCAAUUUAAAUGGAGGUGGAAACAGAGCCGGAUACCAUCUAUUUUUUGUUUGCGAACUUUGCGGCAGCUCGCACCCUAGUAAAUGGGAACGUUGGUUACACGUUAGCUCCUCCCACAGCAACGAACCAGCCAUUAAAUGUGAUCGUGAAGAUUGUGGUAAAAUCUUUGCGACGAAGUCUCUCAGGAACGAUCACAUUCAACAUCAUGCAAUUCAAGGCUCGUCCCCGAAUACCUGCGAAAUUUGCGGUAAACUUUGGGGUAGUAGAGUGGAUUACUGGAAACAUGUCAUGGGCGUUCAUUCAGACACUGUUCCAUUGAUUUGUGGGGUUUGCCUGAAAGUGUUUCCAAACGUGUUACAAUUAAGUACUCACGUUAAAUCGAAGCAUUGGCCUUUAACGAACGGCGAUUUUAGUUGCGACAUAUGUGGAAGGCCGUAUUCGAAUAAAUCCAAAAUGUCUAGACAUAGAAAAAUUCAUGGUUUCGAGGAAGCUUGCAAUAACGGAAUGGAAAACAACGAACACAAAGCGGACGGACGAAUCAGAGAAACCGAAUUAAGCUGCGAGCUUUGCACAGAUUUGAAGUUCACUAGUUUAGAAAAAUUGUGUAAUCAUAGACGAGUCGUUCACGGACUUUUCCCUUGCGAUCUCUGCAAUAAAUGCUAUGGAAGAACUUCUCACUUAUGGAAACACGUGAACAGGGUGCACAAAGGCCACGAGGACGUAACCUGUCCUUAUUGCUUGAAAACUAGCGCGUCGAAGGAUCACUUGGCUGCUCACAUUUCAAAGAUUCAUAGAUACGAACCGGAUUCUAGAAAAGACGGGAAAGACAGUCGGCAGUUUAAAACGGAGGAAGUUAGUUUGCAUUAUUGCGAGAAAUGUAAUAAGGGAUUUCACAAGCGGUACCUUUUGCGUAGACAUAUGAAGGGAUGUCAGAAUUAUAGGAAAGAUCCUGGAGCGUUGCUAACGAGAUGUAGAGCUUGCGAAAGAAUAUUUAAGGAUCGUGCCAGUUUACAAAAACACAUUGAGAAUCAUCAUAGUACGUACACUUGUCAUCUUUGCAACGAGACGAUCACCUCGAAAUUAGGCAUUAUGACGCAUAAUAGAGUGAAACAUAUGGAUCACCCGGAUUUGACCUGCAAUUUUGGAGCUUGUAAAAAGUUGUUCAGAACAAAGGAAGAUCUAGAAGCCCACAGGAAGGACCAUAGGUAUCAUACGAAUCCUGACGUUUGUGACUUCUGUGGCGACACCGUUGAAAAUAAACUUAAAUUAAAAAUGCAUGUGUUGUCCCUUCAUCGCAAUGAGAUUGGUGUUUCUUGUGGAGUAUGCUUAAUCCCAAUGAAGGAUCCGAAAGAACUUAAAAGUCACGUAGAAGAGGUCCAUUCCAGUGUUCUUUCGAAACCCAACACCUGUCAAGUCUGUGGGAAACAGUAUGCUUCGAAAUGGAAGGCUUUCGAUCAUACUAAAAAGUGCCAUGGGAAAGUAUUUCGGACAUGUAAACAAUGUUUAGCUGUCUUUACAGAAGAUUCCGCUAUUAGAGAUCAUUAUGAAACUGUACAUAAUGUCCCAAAAGAUCAGCUUGCUGCAUUCGAGUAUAGACUAGAUAUUGGAUCGAAAAAUGAAGAUUUUGAAAUGGAGUCCCCUGACAUCAUUGUUAAAGAAGAACCAGAUGAUAUGGAGUAUGAUGCGGAUCUUUGCGACGAGGAUUCCAGUGAUUCGAAAAGAAAAAGAUCCUUAACGGAUACCUUUGAUUGCGAGAUGUGUCCGGAAAUGUUCGUAAACGUCGAUGCUCUUUCGAAACAUUAUCGUAAUAUGCAUAACACCGAUCCAGAAAGAAUGUUUAAGAGGUUAAAACAGGAAGAGCAGAGAAGAAUGCGUGGAAAAAUGAGUUUUAUUUGUAAAAAUUGCAAGAGACAGUUCUGCACAAAGACGCUAUAUUGGAGCCACGUUGCGACUUGCAGGAGAAAUAUCAUGCGAAAAGAAGUGGAACUGUUACCUUUGCGAAACGACAUUUUGGACAAUCGAGAAGAAAUUUUGAAAAAUAAUAAUCAAAUUAAAAAAGAAGAACCUACGUCAGAUUUGAAUAUUCCCGACUUCAACCUUUUUGAAGAUAUCAAUCUUCAACUGUCUGGUCAGAGACCUCUUCCAAAUCUCAUGCCACUUUCUCAGAGGGUGAAGUCUUCGAUAAAGUGUUCGAGAAAGGAUUCCAGAAAAGUUUACGAUGAAUCAACUAAUACAGAAUGUGCCUGCGAGGUAUGUGGAAAACAGUGGCCAGCGAAGAAACACUUAUGGCAACACCUUAUUCGGUUUCAUCGAGCAGAAGCUGCUGUCACUUGUGGAGUGUGCCUGAAACUUUGCAAAGAUUAUGACGAUCUAGCAGAGCAUUUGAAAGCUAUGCACGAAGCAAUAUUGUCGUGCGAGGGAAACAAUUUUACGUGUAAAACGUGUGGCAGGUACCACAACGCGCGCAGCAAGUUACUACUACACACAAGUAUUCACAUUGGGCAUGCGAGUAAUGGAACUACGUGUCCAAAAUGUCACAAAAAUGUCACCGACGAAACGGAUCAUUCUAAUACAUGUUCUGGGAAGACGGAAGAAGAAGAGGAGGAGGAAGAAGAAGAUGAACAUUUGAAGAACGAACAAAAGCCAGAAGGAAGUCUAAUAGCGGACGAUGGAGUAAUCGAAGAAGUGGAGGAAGGAGAGUUCGAAUCUGAAGCAGAAGAAGCAGACACCGAAGAAUCAGAAAGCGAUAGUAGUUCCGAAGGUGAAGAAGAAAAUGAUUCCGAAGGUGAAUCCAGAGCUACCGGGGAAAUCACUUAUAAUUCCGAGAGCGAAGAUUCCGAAGAAUUAGAUAAUUUGGAAAUGGAAGAAAAGAACAUGCAGUGUUUCACUUUGGAACACCUUCAGGAAGCCAAAAGCACAGAAGCAGAGAAAAACGAAGAAGAUCUGUCGGACGACGAUGGGCCUCCAAUUCUCAGUCCCAUAAUGCCUCUGCUUCCAGAAAACAUAUCCAACGAACAAUCGAGAGGUCACAAACUCGAUACAAUAGUAUCUGUUACCGAAAAUAGGGUAGAAUUAUGCAAUUUAUCCGAAAUGCAACAUCAGUCUUCUCUGAAAUCAACGAAUUUUUAUGGGAAAGGUACGUCUACCAAUGAGUCUUUGGAUUUUGGCUCUGAAACAUUUAUAAACCGAAGCGACGAAGACUUUGAAGAUACGAAACAUGACUUUGAUGAAAAUUCUAUCGAAGAAAGUAAGGACAACGAAGAAAUGGGGGAGAAUGAAGAAAAUGAGAGCAACGAGGCACACGAAGAAAUGGAAGAUAACGAAGAGAAUAACGAUGUAGAGGAAAAUGAAGAUAGCGAAGAAAGCGAUAGCGAAAAAGACAAAGACAGCGAAAAUGAUGAUAGCGAGGGAAGCGAAGAGAGCGAGGAAAAUGAAGAGCACGAAGAGCAUGAGGACAAUGAAGAGCACGAAGAACAUGAGGAACAUGAAGAACAUGAAGAGCGUGAUGACAGCGAAGAACACGAAGAGCACGAGGAAAAUGAAGAAAGCGAAGAAAAUGACGAUAACGUAGAAAGCAUGCAGUUGGAUGAUCUGCAAGGUGCUGUUUUGAUGGUGACCGAAGGAAAUCAAAUACUGAUUCAACAAGAUAUAUCAGAGGAUGAAAAUGAGAACACAAAUCAGGAAUACGUCUAUUCCGCGUUUGCGUACAGUUCCGAGGAUGACAGCGAUGACGAAAGGAAAUGAGUGCCAAAUUGUGAUUAUUUAAUCUGAAAAAUUGUAAGAUGAAAAGAGUUGUUACAUGUUUCGAAAAAUGAAGAAUACGUGGAAAUAAAACGUAAAGCGUAAAAUGCAUCAUAAGAAAUAUAAUAGAAUAUAGAAUACAGAAUAUCAGGAUUUCAAAUUAAUUGGAACACUUACGUUGUUUAUUAAAUUAAAAACAGGUUAUAGAAACACGAAUAGAAAUAUUUACGUAUAUUACAACGAGGAAUAUACACUUAGCGAAGAUUAGUGUCAUACUAGAGAUUCGUUAAAAAUAUUGAUCUACGAUGCCCACGUAUUCUUAAAAUGUAUCAAAGGUAAUCGGGAUUUGUAAUGCUUUAUUCUGUAUAAAAGAAAGAAAACAGAGAUUGACUAUUACGUGAUAUGUACCUUGGAAUUACCGAAAAUUCAUGCCGAUGCGCGAUGUUACGAUAACUUGUAAAUAUGUUAGAUUAAGUGAUAAAAUUAGCUUUCGCAAACUUUCUGGUAGGGGACCGUUCUUUCAUUAUGUCAAGUAGUUAGAAAGAGGGAUAUCAGUGACAUUUGUAAUAGGGACGUUAUAAGGAUAUCAAUGAGUUUAAUGUAGGAUGAGAAGGGAGUAAACUAACAAUGAACGCAAUGAACACGAAGGGGGAGGAAUAAAGUAGAGUAAAACCGACCAAAAUCAGUGUGAUGUAAUAAAAGAACAACCCCUAAGUCUCUGGGACAGGGAUGGCCGACUCGUUACUCUAUGCUAGCUUUAUGCUAGCUUAUAAGAUAUAAUAAAAAACUGAAUGUUCUAAAAAAUUUGGUUCAUUUAACUAAUGCACAUUAUUGUGCACUUGUAUCUUAAAGCUACUACUACAUUAAAUUUCAAUUGUACUAUUUACAAUUAUGCACAAAAAAAAAAAAACGUUGAAUAUUAACGCAAGACACAAAUAACAAUUGGUCAUCUCUGUCUCAGGCAAUUUAUUUAAGUUCUUACCGAUUUCGAUUUCGAUUUUGCAGCACAGAUCCGACUCGACCUCGAUUAAUUUGAGGUAAUUCGAUCGGUAUCGAUAUCUGAUUUUUCCAAAAUUUCUUUCUAUAAACGUUUCCAAGCGAAAAUAGUACAAAGAUAGCAAUAUGCAGAAUUAUCGUAAUGUUAGAUAAAUAAUUAACGCAUAAUAACAAAAAGAAAUUUGUGAAAUUCUACUAAAUUUUAAGCGAAUCCUUUUAUAUGUAGUAUCGAACAUUCGUUUCAAAUAUACAAUACUGUAUUUGUUACACUGUUAUACAUAUCUAAGUUGAUGAUCUAUUACUAUUACAACACUACUACUACUACUACUACUACUAUUAUUAUUAUUAUUAUUAUUAUUAUUAUUAUUAUUAUUAUUUCGGUAUUAUAUUAAUAUCGAUUCGAUUGAAUCUACCACAGGAAAAUUUCAAAAAUCGGAUGAUGAAGCAACAGAAACAACUUAGUGUAUAUAGUAGUAAUGUAAGUAAUUUCGUGUACAGCUACGUUAUACUAUACAAAAAACAAGGGACAUGUUUGUAUGCGUGUAUGGAAGCAUGACGAUUGCAUGAAAGAAAGGAAAGGCCAGCUUCUAUUACUUUUUUACUAUCGAACGUUGCGAAUGUUUAAGAAGAAACUGAUAAUCGGUUCUGUUUCCCAAUAAAAGUGUUCAAUAAUUAUAUACGUAUAUAUAAAUUACAUUCUUGUUGAUUAUAUUGAACACUUUCUUUCCUCAGUUUCUUUAACAAACGUCG